AUGCACUCGUCUCCUCCUUGCGGUAGUCGUAACAGCCACUCAGACCAAACCCUGAUAACCAGAUAUCCUUCUACACCGGGAUCUAUAUCAUGGAUUAAUCAUCAACUCGAAGAUAAAGCUCAACCCGAAUCGCCGCCUCACUACACCUAUAUUUAUAGAAAACACACAAGAUCUGGACACUUUGAACAACAUUUUAUGCUCUCUCUCACGUCGAAUCACAACACGGCAUCAACUAUUCUCAGCGCGAGCCUGCAGGCCUUUUACACUUUUCAGUCCUUCAACAGAAUAGUCAGCAUAAAAACCACACAAGGGUGGCCGGAUCCACAGACCUUGGGAAACAUCAAGGAUGCGCAUUGGAGUACAAUUGAUUCAGUUGUGCCUGACUUGCUCGCCAGCAACGUCGGCUCGCUUUCGAUCCCUCAGCUUGCGGUCAAUACCCCUGGGCUAUCCAAUUCCACAAUAUACGAUGUUGCUAUCCAGCCAAACGAAGGUGUCGGAAACGCAACCGUCAAUUCCACCACAAUUUCAUUUAACUGCGGACUCUUUCAUUACAAGGACUUUGCACAAGAUUAUCCGCUACCACCUGCACCACUUGUAGACACUGUGCUGCUCCAAAUAGGACCAACACAAACUUCGAAAACGGUGGAUGCACUGUAUAUGUUGUCCACAGACCUUGACAUAACCGACGAUUCAUUGAUCAAUGAGUAUCGAGUAGGGCUAAAUUGGACAUAUUCCAAUGGUUCUCUAUUCCAAAACCAAGUAAUUUGGGUUUACUUUGUCGAGUGUGCGAUGACUACAGAGUCCUCCUCGGCUACAAUUGAUGUUACUACCAAUGCACUCGUGUCGCCACCUUCCGUUUCCAGUCCUGCCGCGAAAGCAUGGGGACCAUUUCCAUCUCCAGAUACCAAUACGUCUCCGGCAUGGCUUACAGCUGCCUUGUUAAACUCGGAGCCAACUGGGGAAUAUGUUGUGAAUGUAUCGUACACAUAUGCCUCAGGGGUGUCGACACCAAACCAAUGGUAUGAUGUCACUCACCUAGACUCUUUCUCCAAGCCGGACAAAGUCCGAUUGGCUUCUCUCCUGAAGCGGGACAAGCCGAAUGCACUGAGAAUGCUCUACAGUGGAGACUCAAUUUUACUUACCUUGCUUGAACAGCUUAUUUUUGUCACCAUUGCAUCCUUUGUUAUGAUUGUGGCUGAGAUAAAGAUCACUGGUUUUCGUACUCAGAGAGAUACGAGGCUGGGCGGGACGGGUAUUCUGGACGUCCUGUGGCUUUCUGCACGGCUGCCCGCUUUAACAAGGUGCAUGGAGCAUGUCAUGGAGCCCACAAUCCACAGUCUCCGUACUGCAGGGAUGCAUGAAGUCUGCGUGGAAGAAGAGUUACCUUCCGGUGCCGGGUCCACCUCCCGCUAA